AUGCAGCCCAUCCCGAACUUGCAUCUGCUUUGUGGUGACAAGGAUAUUGUCGGAUUUUACGCAGGAGGUGUCAACGGUGGCAACGGACUUGAUGAUGGGCAUCGAGCUCAUUUACGGCAACUUAUUGAUGACGUAGAACCCAACGUUCCAGGGGAGGCUGGCAGCGAUGACAAUGACGACGAGGUCGUUCAAGCUUGGUUCUCAGAUGAAGAAGGACCUGAGGAUAUAGCUGCAGCGGAUGAAUGGUAA